AUGAACGCGGAGAUCGAGCUCCGGACGCAAGAACUGCCUCAGGAAUCACGCCAUGAAGGAGUAAUGGAAGCGAAAAAGGCCACCAGGAUCGCGGCCGCGGCCUUUUGCUUCCUCGUCGCCGGCGUCAAUGACGGCAGCCUCGGGGCCCUGGUCCCUUAUCUGCUGCGCUCCUACGGCCUCUCCUCCUCCGCCGUCGGCCUCAUCUGGGGGCUCUCCUUCGUCGGCUGGCUCCUCGCUGCUCUCACCGGCAGCUGGAUGCGCUCUGCAACGGGGCUCGGGGGCGCUCUCGUUGCCGGUGCCGCUGCCCAGCUCCUGGCUCACCUCCUCCGCUUCUGGACGCCCCCGUUUGCUCUGUUCGCAGUGACCUUCGUCUUCGCCGCGCUGGGCCAGGGAUACCAGGACGCCCAGGCAAACGUCUUCGUCGCGGGCCUCCAGGGCGCCCAUCGCUGGCUGGGGCUGAUCCACGCCAGCUACAGCGCCGGAUGUCUCGUCGGGCCUCUGCUGGCCGCUCUCGUGGCUACCCAUACCGAUGAAUGGAUGUACUUCUACCUGGUGCCGGGAGGGCUCGGCCUGCUCAACUUGCUGCUUGCCUGGUGGGCGUUCAAGGAGCACGUCUGCAUCUCGAUCUCAUGGAGCAGCAACACCAGCCCUAUCAACGACAACGAUACCAAUGCUGAUUCUACUACCUCUACGUGGACAGAGAUGAAGCUCACGCUGCAGUGUAGGCCCGUCUGGCUGCUCAGCCUGUUCUACUUCUUCUAUCUCGGCGUUGCCAUCACCGUCGGAGGAUGGCUGGUCGAGUACCUCGUCCAGGAACGCAAGGGAGAUCUCUCGCGUGUCGGAUACGUGCCCACGGGAUACUUCGGCGGCAUCAUGCUCGGCCGUCUCCUGCUGGCUGAACCGGCCCAUAGACUAGGCGAGAAACCCGUGAUUCUCGUCUGUUCGCUGUGCUGUUUGGCCCUGCAGAUCGUCUUCUGGCGUGUCAACAAUAUCAUCGCCGACAGCGUCGUCGUCAGCGUCUUUGGCUUCUUGUCAGGGCCGUUCUUUGCCUCGUUAUCAGUUGUGCAAGAGAUUAGAUUACUUCUAACGCCAGCAGGACUCAUCUUCGUUGUGGCUCAGGCCGGCGGAACGGUUUUCCCAGCAGUCACCGGCGCCAUUGCUUCCAAGGCUGGUGUCAGUGUCCUGCAGCCCAUCCUGGUCGGCCUCAUCGCUCUCAUGGGACUCAGCUGGGCCUUUGUCCCGAGCGUCGACAGGAAAAGGGAUUAG